GGUGGUAGUGGUGGGACUCCCCGCGGGUGCUGCCCCUCCUGCCGCCGCUGCCGCCCCCCACCGUAGUAGCGGCCACAGCCUGGUCAGCGGCAGCAUCAUGCAGGCCAACGGGGCAGGAGGAGGAGGAGGAGGAGGCGGCGGCGGAGGAGGUGGCGGUGGCAGCGGCGGCGGCGGUGGGGGCCAGGGACAGACCCAGGAACUCGCCUGCCUCUCGGCCCAGAACGGGGAGUCGUCCCCCUCGUCGACUUCGUCCGGGGGGGAUCUGGCCCACGCCAAUGGGCUCCUGCCCUCUGCCCCCUCCGCCGCCAGCAACAAUAGCAACAGCCUGAAUGUCAAUAACGGGGUCCCCGGCGGGGCGGCCUCCGCCUCGUCCGCUGUCGCCGCGGCCACCUCGGCCACCACGGCUGCGUCUUCCUCGGCUGUGGCCGUCUCGGAGCUGGGCAGUAGCCUGAAAAAGAAGAAGAGACUCUCCCAGUCAGAUGAGGAUGUGAUUAGGUUAAUAGGACAGCACUUGCAUGGCUUAGGGCUCAACCAGACAGUUGAUCUCCUCAUGCAAGAGUCAGGAUGUCGUUUAGAACAUCCUUCUGCUACCAAAUUCCGAAAUCAUGUCAUGGAAGGAGACUGGGAUAAGGCGGAAAACGACCUGAAUGAACUUAAGUCUUUAGUGCAUUCUCCUCAUGCUAUUGUGAGGAUGAAGUUUUUGCUGCUGCAGCAGAAGUACCUGGAAUACCUGGAGGAUGGCAAGGUCCUGGAGGCUCUUCAAGUUCUACGCUGUGAAUUGACGCCCUUGAAAUACAAUACAGAGCGAAUUCAUGUCCUCAGUGGGUAUCUGAUGUGUAGCCAUGCAGAAGACUUACGUGCAAAAGCAGAAUGGGAAGGCAAAGGAACAGCUUCUCGAUCUAAACUUUUGGAUAAACUCCAGACCUAUUUGCCACCAUCAGUGAUGCUUCCCCCAAGGCGUUUACAGACUUUGCUACGUCAAGCUGUGGAGCUGCAGAGGGAUCGGUGCCUAUAUCACAAUACCAAACUUGAUAAUAAUCUAGAUUCUGUGUCGCUGCUUAUAGAUCAUGUUUGUAGUAGGAAACAGUUCCCAUGUUAUACACAACAGAUACUUACAGAGCACUGUAAUGAAGUGUGGUUCUGUAAGUUCUCUAACGAUGGCACUAAACUAGCAACAGGAUCAAAGGAUACAACUGUUAUUAUAUGGCAAGUUGAUCCGGAUACGCACCAGCUAAAAUUGCUUAAAACAUUAGAAGGGCAUGCUUAUGGUGUUUCUUAUAUUGCUUGGAGUCCAGAUGACAACUAUCUUGUAGCUUGUGGCCCAGAUGACUGCUCUGAGCUCUGGCUCUGGAAUGUACAAACAGGGGAGCUGAGGACAAAGAUGAGCCAGUCUCAUGAAGACAGUUUAACAAGUGUGGCUUGGAAUCCAGAUGGGAAACGCUUUGUAACUGGAGGGCAGCGUGGACAGUUCUACCAGUGUGAUUUAGAUGGUAAUCUCCUUGACUCCUGGGAAGGGGUAAGAGUGCAAUGCCUUUGGUGCUUAAGUGAUGGGAAGACUGUUUUGGCAUCAGACACACACCAGCGAAUUCGGGGCUACAACUUUGAGGACCUUACAGAUAGGAACAUAGUACAAGAAGAUCACCCUAUUAUGUCUUUUACUAUUUCAAAAAAUGGCCGAUUAGCUUUGUUAAAUGUAGCAACUCAGGGAGUGCAUUUAUGGGACUUACAAGACAGAGUUUUAGUGAGAAAGUAUCAAGGUGUUACGCAAGGAUUUUACACAAUUCACUCAUGUUUUGGAGGCCAUAAUGAAGACUUCAUCGCUAGUGGCAGUGAAGAUCAUAAAGUAUACAUCUGGCACAAACGUAGUGAACUGCCAAUUGCAGAGCUAACAGGACACACACGCACAGUUAACUGUGUGAGCUGGAACCCACAGAUUCCAUCCAUGAUGGCCAGUGCUUCAGAUGAUGGCACUGUUAGAAUAUGGGGACCAGCACCUUUUGUAGACAACCAGGAUAUUGAAGAGGAAUGCAGUAGCAUGGAUAGUUGAUGGCGAAUUCGGAGCAGACGACUUCUGUUUAACUUAAAAUUAGUCGUAUUUUAAAUGGCUUGGGAUUUGGUGCAAACAAACAUGAUUGAUAGCUGGACAGACAUGCUCGUCAUGAAAAAUAAAAGAACCAUUUCUGAAGCCCGAUCGGGGCCAAACAUUUACCACCUUGCUUCAUAGUAACCAGUUGAGAUGAAGCACGUCGUUAGAACGUUGUUGGACACCGUGUUGAAUUACCCCCCCCAUCGGUUGUGAAGAACUGUGCUACAUUCAGGCUACCCAUUGAACUCAGUAUAUAUAUUUUUUUCCUUCCUGCCUUUUUGUCUGGCGGGCUACCAUUCUUGUUGCUCUUCUGUGUAAUGAAGUUUAAAUGCUUGUUUGGAAAACUUUAUUUAACAGUUUAGAAGGCUUGAUAGAAAGAGUGCUUUAGUCUGAAGAGUAUACGUUGGAUAGGAAAGUUAUUUCCUUCUCUUGUUUCUCUAAAUCUCUCCGCCUUAUUUAGCUUGAGAUCUUUGCAGCUUGGUUCAUGGAUUCUAGCCUUGCCCGUUGCGCAGUAUAUACUGAUCCAGAUGAUAAACCAGUGAACUAUGUCAAAAGCACUCUCAAUAUCACAUUUGACAAAAAGUUUUGUACUUUUCACAUAGCUCGUUGCCCCGUAAAGGGUUAACAGCACAAUUUUUUUUAAAUAAAUUAAGAAGUAUUUAUAGGAUUAAAGUGACUUCAUUUGUAUACAUUUGGAACUUAAACCAGCUUAAAAACAGUGUCAUCUAUGACAUAGAUAUGCAGUAUAACUGAUGAUCUUCUGGAGUACCAUACAAGACAUGGUCAGAAACAGUGCUCAGAAGGACUUUACACAGGCAAUUAAGAGUAAAAUUUUUGAGGUCUUUUGUUUUUGUUCUUACAGCCAUCACUCAUCUUAAAAAUACUGAAUAAAAAUGACUUUUAGAUGCACAACCAACAUGAUAGAAUAGAACAAAGGUAAACUUAGGAUUUCUCAAAAGCGUAUCCAAGUUUUUCAUGAAAUUGAAAAUCAAAAAGAUGAAAAAGUUAGAAACCUAGAGAAAUGCUACAAUCUUGGCUACAAUUUUUAAAUCUCAAAAGUAAUUUAAGAAGAGGACCAUAUCCAGAUUAUAAUGCAUAUUGAGUUUAUAAACACAUCCAUUUUCCCCUAUAUUACUUAAGAAAUUUUUCCUUAAUGUUUUGAUCUAUAGGGAUGCAUAGAUUUAAAGAAUAUCCCUUUUAAGUUGAAGUUAAAAAUAUUGCCAUACCUGACCUCAUUCUAAACUGGUGCUGUGGAUAGAUUUCUUUUUUCUGGUUUUUGUUUUUAAAUAUAAGGAAUGGUUUCCUUUGUAAAAAACAAAAAAACAAAAAACAAAAAAGCACUUUUAUUUUGAAUAUUUUACACUUCUGAAAAUAAGCCAAGAGCCUGAUGUUCAUGUUGUGCUUUUUACCCCAUCAUAGUUGAGUAUGGCACACUUGGUCUCCCUUGAAAUUCUCUUCUUUUUCAGAUAAAGGACAAGAUAGGGUAGACCACAGCUUUUGGUUAGGGGAAAAGGUAUCAGGAUGAACCCUGAGUGAAAGAUCAUGAUCAGUAGAAGUCUUGAACUGGAGUUACAGUUCCUUUUAGGACCAGUCGUCUACACUAUAGUUAACUACUGUGGAUAGACUUCUCCAGAAACCACAUGGGGAAGGAAAAGGCAUGGGUGGCUUGGAUAUCACGGAUUCUUCCAUUAUUUGGGGGGAGGGGGGAAAACUGGGUUGGUGGGAGGAAUAAUGUGGGGGUGGGGGAGGAGAGAGAAACACAAAUUGGCCUUAAAAAUAACAUAGAUUCUCCCCAAAGCUUGCAGUAAGAGAGAAAUUAAUAGAUCGUGGUCAACAGAUUAUUUAUCAAAUUGGUAUAUAACCUUAAAGAUUUUCAUAGUGUCUUUACUCUCCAUUUUGCAGAGAUCGCCACUUAGAGAAUCAAAGAAUUCCUGUCUGUUUUGAUACUUCUGAGUUAGAAUAAGAACUAUAUGUUACAGCUUAUCUGGUACUUCAUUUUUCUUAACUAAAAUUACUUUUUACUUUAAGCUUGAAUAAAAAUCUAUUGGUAAUUGUAUAUAACUAAGUGGCAACUUCUCUUUACCUCAGUACAGUUCAGACCAUUCAUAUUUUAAAUGAUUUGUGUAUACCCUGAAGCCGUUAAUACACCCUAGUCUCUGCAGUAACAUCUCUAGUAAAUUAUGAGCUGUAGAAAUUCCACAGCUGUUUACAAGUUUGGUUACAAGAGUGCUGUGGGUACAUUUGUAACAUUGAAAUUCAUGCCCUUUCAAGAGGCAAUCUGGAUGGAACAAAAAUCCCUCUCUGACCAGCCCCUCCUACAUAAUUUGUGAAUUUUCAAAGUGCACUUUUAAAGUACAGUCCAGUAAGAAUGCUUCAAAAGCGGAGAUGUGAGGCCCAUUUUAAAGGAACAUAGCUCUAUUCAAGUGGAGCAACACAACUAACUAUGCAAAGGUUUCUAUAGCAGCUAGGCGAGUUCAUUUUCCAAGUGUAUUGUCUUAGUGACAGUUUCCUGUACUCUCUGGUACUUUGCUGUGCCAAUUUAUUGUUAACAUCUGUUUCUUACAUAUACCAGUUAGUGACUGUGAUAGGUCCAAUUUGUAAGGGGAGGCAGUCUAGGAUUUUAUGGUACUUAAACCCUGCCAGCAGAAUAAUCAAUGAGUCCACAGACAGUAAUUAUAAACUUCUGGUAACUGCUGUAGAAUUUAUAAUAAGAUAAAGAAGAAAAGCAACUUAAAUUUCUAGCAAGCCAGCCCCAAGAUAUUAGUAAAUGUGUGAAAUGAAAAGUACCAAUACUUUUUGCACAUAUGAAAAUGGAGAUUUUGACUCUGACAAAAAAAUCAGGUUAGUAGCAGAUUAAUUUCCAUGUGCUUAAAAAUGUUUCUAGUCUGGCAUUUUUAAGGGCCAGAGCAAUGAUGAAAGAUUCUUAUUCCCAAAUAAUAUGUCAAUAGAAAAUACUCAAAUUUUAGGGUUGUGGAGGUUCUUCCGGGGGGUAGAAUUGGGGAGAAGGGGUAAUGGGAUAUUCAGAACAAGUUUUAUUUUUUAUUUUAAUAGUUUAUGAUAAAAGUCACGGCAACUACAUUUAUGUUCUCAUUGGCGAGGUAAAUUCUGAGUUACACUGAAUAAGGUAAGUAGUUUAAAGAUGGAGCACAACUUCAUUUGGGGCUAUGGUCACAAAAAAACCUGCUAGCCAGAGGGAAGAGAAUUCCCUAGUUAUAAAUACAAAUGAUAAACAUUUGAAGAAAGCUUCAAUUAAACCAUUAAGCUUGAAAUUAAACCAUCCAAUUCAUUGGUAUUUUUCUUAAUCUGAAAUACACACGUAAUGUUUAAGUGGUUUGCUAUUAGGAGUGUUUUGCCUCUAGUGGCAUUUCAUGACAUUAAUAGAAAACUCUUCUUUCCCACCCCCUCCCCAUCUUGAAAUUUUCUUUUUUAGGAUGUUGGUUCCUGCAAACCAGAACUGACCUUACCACCUCUGCCUCACAGUGGGUAAAUGUAUGGUACAUCUUUUGAUACACUGAAGGGAAAAAUAUCCAUGUCAUAUCUUUCACAGCAGAAGAAUGGCUGAUUUUGAAUGGGGAGAAAGAAGACAUUUUUCUUAAUAUCCUUUAUUGCCCCAACUCCAAAAUGUAUAAAAUCUGCAUUUGAUUUAUUUCAGUUUGUUUUCUACAAUUUAAACUAGUAGCAAGAAUCCUUUUUUUGGUUCCCCCUUCAAAAAUUAAGUAUCUGAGUCCAUUUUAGUAACUGUGAUUUAAUAGAAACUGCUACUUUAAAAAAAGGCAAAAUUUCAUUAACACUUAGGUAAUUUCUAAAAAUAGGAUAGUAAUUGAAAAUUUUCAGUGAUGUUAAGCUAUUGCUAUAGUAGCUGCCCUCUAGUUGCUAAAAUAAAAAUUAUAAAUCCCAUUUCCUACCUUCCUAGUUCAGGUAAUCUGGGUUCAUUGAAACAAAAUAGUUGAAGGAAUAUUUAAAAGUGUGUGUGUGUGUGUGUUGUGUGCAUGUGUGUAUGAAAGAAAAAUAGAGAGGACUACAUAAGUCAUGGAACCAGCUGUUCUAGGUACUUGUCAUGUUUUAUUAAAAACUUUUCAAGUCUCGUGCAUAUGUGAAGUGCCCUCUCUGACUUUAAGGUUUGGUUAAUAAUACUAGUAUAUUUUUAUAAGCUUGAAAUUAAAUGUGCCCCAUCUUUUACUUAAACAUUUUCAUUAUUAGGGCAAAUGUGCUAGAAUUGAAUCUUAACAUUUUUAGGCACAGAUGGAAAAAAGUUUUUGGCUCCUUGAAAAUGUAUGGGGAAAAAAAGGAUCCACAAAGCAUGUAUGUACUUACAAACCAAGCUGUAGAGAUCAAGAAAAGAACUUUAUUGUUGAUCCCAAGAUUUCUAAAUUGUCAAGAGUUUUAUGAAGUUGUGGUGGAACUAGUUAACACUUAGAGCUUUGGGUAUGUAAUGACUAUUUGCUAUGGACUGAUAUUAAAUGUUUCAAAGGA